GCGUCAAAAUAAGAGGCGGGUCACCCGACCGACCGACCGACCGACCGACCGACAACCCGCUGCGAAUGCGCGAAUGCGCGUAAUCACUCUAAAGAGCAAAGAACUGCAUAUUUUCGGAAUCAGGAAGACACGAGGAUGAUAAAUAAUUAAAGUUUUAAUAUUUUGAUUCGCUUUUUUUUUAAACAGCUAAUUUCAACAGCUUUUAUAUGCUUCUAUGUCGCUUGACAGUAGCAGUGAUUUGAAAAAUGGCCCACUAUUCCGCUCUCUUUUCUCGCUUUCCGCUGACAACAAAUGACGAUCGAUCGGAUAGGUACACUUUGCGCGUCUCAAAACAAAACAGUAAAAUUGGUCCAGAAGUAGAAGGUAGAAGGUGUGCUGUUGAGCGUUGUUCUUGGGCGGUGUUCUGUGAUUUAGCUAACUUUUGAGAAAAUGGAAGUUGUCAGCGUGAAGUUUAGUAAUUUGCCGAAGGGCAAAUUCAUGAAGAACUUAUUUUUAUCUCAACUUAAAGGGAAACUUCUAUCAAGGAGACGAAAGAAAACUGCUUCUGCAGCAGAGCAGCAAGAAAUUAUAUUAGAUUGUGUACAUGAGAAGUCAAGCAACUCAGUUGUUGUCAAAUUCUCAUCUCGCAUCAUGGCUGAGAAGAUUGUUCAAAGUCAGAUGGAGUUUCUCUCGACAACACUGCUCGUAGAAAUGAUAGACAAUGCAGCCCAAUCCAAAUCCGAUAGCUUGGAAGUAGAGGAAUCAGCUGUAUACAUGGAGAAUACACUGCAUGAGGAGGUUGGGGAUGAGGGUAUUGCUGGGUUUGAAGAGGACGAAGAUUUGAAGUCACCUGCCAAAAAGAGACUGGAUGUAAAGUCUACACCAAAAAAAACCAAGCAGACAUUGAAUAAUAUAAACUCUGAUUUAAAUAACUAUUUUAAAAAUUUGUCUUGCAUUGGGGAGCCAACUAAAGAGGUAGAAAUUUCAAAUCUGCCAGAUGAUUAUAAACAGGUCACAGUUCUCUAUGUCAUAAACGAUGCUUUAGUAAAAGCAAAAUUUUGUGAAAGGUCUGUGAAGCCUGCCAAGGAGUGCACAAAAACUGGUACAACCACAGCAAUUGUUCAAUUCACUUCAGUAGCUGCUGCUACUAAAAUAUGCUCCUUGCCCAUCGAUUAUGAUGGGAAAACUGUUGUAACAAGACAAGUUGAGCAUGUUAUAGAGACCAAACCAGCUGAUCCCCUGCCCCAGCUAACUUCAAAAGUUAAGGUUUAUGGACUACCUACCAAUUUUGAAGUGGUCAAUGUACUGUACAUUCUAAAUAAUGCAUUGUAUGAAGAAAAAUUUUGCCGUCCACCUGAGAAACCAGCAGAGGCCUGCAGGUUAUCUGAUGAAACAACAGCUACUGUUGAGUUUUCCUCUGUUGAAGCUGCCAGCUUAAUUGUUUUGCUGAAGGUGGAUUAUGAGGGUCGGUCCUUGGUUUUGGAGCAGUUAAGUUCACUAAAUCAAUCAAUCAAUCAGAGCCAACAUAGCAUGAAUUAUGAUUGGAAUGAUAAUGAUAUCUUAGAGUUAUCAAAACAUAAGAGCAGUGACACUGUUGAGAUCUGUGGGCUGACUGCUUCAUUCACUGCGACUGAAUUCAAGCGAUUCCUCCUUCAGGAAAUGGUUAAAGCCAAAUUUUUGACCCAAGAAAAUUCUGAUGCUAUUGUGAAGUGUGAAAUGAACUCUAGCAAGAAAUCUGCAGUUGUUCAGUUCAGUACUGCUGAGGAGGCUACAUUAGCCACACACCUAGAGAAUAUGACAGUGACUAAAGUAAUUCUCAAUGACAACUCCAAUCGUGAUCUGUUUCCAGAAGAAGUUGAGGAAAAAAUAACUCUAAAUGAUGAGGAGGGGUCAAACUUCUUUCUUAAAGUACUUGCAAGGAAGAGAGGUGAUGUACCCAAAUCGGGCAGUCAUGAUAACUUCCUAGAAUCACUAACAGGCUAUUUGGAAAAGAAAGGAGUAAACACAGACAUACAUAAAAUGCGCAGCAAGAAGGAAACAAUGAGGGAGAAUUUUAGGAGAUGGAAGCAAAAGAACCAUCUAUUGCACCCUCUAUUUAAGAUUCAUUCAGUUAUAUUUGACAAUAAUACCAGCAUAUCAAUUCUCAAAGGAUCUAAAUUCGAAUGGACAGAUGCUGAUGAAGCUCUACUGCAGCAGCCCGAGACCGACGAUAGAUAUAUGGAUGACCUCAUUAAGUUUUCCGAAGCUGCAUCAUGGAAUAUCAAUUCUGAGUUGGCACUUGUCCAGGCUUGCCUGGACAACAAGGAGGAUUACAAUGCACCAAAAGCGAAGAGAAGUAUCCACUUUUGGCGCAAAAUAAGUGAAGCAUUGUAUCGUAACAAAUACAUACAUGGAGCUCAAAAGUGUGAGCAGAAAAUGGAGAUGCUCUCGAGAGACUAUAGGGACUAUUGUGAUGAGGCAAACCGCACAGGAGCUUGUGGUCCCUUAGAAAUGAUUAAAGAUAGACCAACCAGAAACUUAAUGGAGCUAAUGCAUGAAUUGAAAAGGAAAGAGGUGGGCUCUCAUCCUGAGCAAGUCCAGGGUGCUGGCGUAAAGCUUGUACAUCACAAGUCAAAGAAGUCACCAGAAAGUGCUCCAGGCAGAACUCGCCCAACCAGUAUGCCUCGAAAUCAAACUGCCCAACAGGUCAAAACAGAAAUAGAGAUGGAAAAGUUGCAAAUUUUGAAACAACUCAGUUCUCAUCUGGCCAAAGGCAAGAAGGAUUGAGGAAUCAUAAUUGAAUAAUUGUUUGUUUGUUUGUUUUUUAAAUUACUUAGUAAUGUUUCAUUACAUGCAUUUUUAUUUUUUUAUUGUAUAUUUAUAUAAUUUUAUUGCAAAUUGGACAUACAUAUUUUCAUAUAUGUAAGUUAAGUUAUCAGUAUGCCUCAAAAUCAGACUGCUCGACUGCUCGACUGCUCAAAGCAGAAAUAGAGAGGGAAUUUUCGUCUGGCCAAAGGUGAGAAGAAUUGAGGAAAUAUAAUUCAAUAAUUGUUUGUUUGUUUUUUUAAAUUACUUAGUAAUGUUUCAUUACAUGCAUUUUUAUUUUUUAUUGUAUAUUUAUAUAAUUUCAUUGCAAAUUGGACAUACAUAUAUACAUAUAUAUAUAUAUGUUAAGUUACCAUAUCAACAUGGCAACAAUUGUACUGUAGAUUUUCAAAUUUGAAUCAAAAUAUGUGAUUAUAAAGACUGAUUAUUUAGAGUACAAA